AUGGGGUUUGAUUAUUUAAGUUGCUUAACUGGCGACGGUACAUCGCACUUGGAAGACCCUGUAGAGAUUCUCGAGGGCACCCUCCACAUCGACAUCCACGCCAAACAUGUUUGGGACGUGGACGAUGGCCUAUCCGUGAUUGGUUACCUCAAUGACUGGAACGAAAACCAGGCCCAACUCCAGACCGCUCUUCAGACUAUCGAGACUAUCACUGACAAGAGGAACAGUUUGAACCGGGACCUACAGUCCGUUUGUGACGAAUUGGAGGCUAUAGAGGCCGCCCAAGAGGCAGCUGCUGCUAUGUCAGAGUUGGCUACAGACGUUAGGCCCAUUCCGAUGCUUACAGUGGACGUCCCUACAGGUCCACCGGGCCAAACACGCGUCAGCACCACUACACUCCUCAGUUCCUCGGCUCAUACCAUUGCUUCACCAGCGACGGCUCAAGAAACGGACGGAGAAGAUGGGGAGGACCAACCCAUUGCGUCCUCUCCUAUGGACACCGGUUGUGGAGGUAUCAGUACCCCCACGACGGGAGAUGGUUUUGGUGACAACCAUCUCGUUCGUGCACAGGGUUCCGCCCGACUCGCCUUCCAGAAUAUUAACACUAUUCCCGACAAGUCAGACGACCCUAAACAAGCACAACUCAACCACUGGAUUCGAAGCGAAUGUGUGGACUUUUUACUUCUGGCUGAAUUGAACAAAUUCUGGCCAGCAAUUACACCAACCAACCGAUGGCGUGAACGAGCCAGCACUAUGGCUAGGAAGGGCGAAGGUUUCCAUUCGGCGGUGGCCUACAAUACCCAUCAACCACGGGCGGCCCAUUCUACCACUCAAUUUGGGGGCUGCUCGACUUCUGCCUUCAACGAAGUAUCUCACCAAGUUAGGUCCAGUGGCGACAAUAGCUUGGGGCGAUGGGCUUGGAUCCGACUUCAAGGCCAAACACGAGGCGUUGGCCAGCGCAACUUGGUGGUCAUCUCUGCCUACCGUCCAAACCCACCUAAUGACAGGCAUCAAACAGUGUGGUUCCAACAGAAGGCCCACUUCAGCCGCACCAACCGCGAUGCAGAACCCAGGGAGGCUUUCAUCAAGGACCUCUCGACGGCUAUCAACAAAUGGCGCGAUGACGGCUUAGGACUGGUCGAGGGGAUCCAGUCUAAGCACCCAGGGUCCCAUCAGGCCACUUACCAGCGGAACCUCCGUGGGUAUCCAAUUGACGGCAUCUUCGCGACGCCUGACGUGCCCAUCCUGGCCGCCGGGUACUACCCUUUUGAAGAACAUGUCGCCUCCGAUCACCAUGGCCUGUGGAUUGACUUUGACUUGAACAGUCUCCUUGGCGGACAGACACCUACGAAAUCCACCCAUGUUCCACGCCGGCUGGUGAUGCACAACAAACGGGUGGUUCAACGAUAUGUCCAAUUGGCGGAGCAGGGUUAUAUGCGGUACAAUAUUCCGGGUUGUCUCUUGACCCUAGGAUUCGAUGUUGCGCGACAGCAGGGCGUCAUCACCAAAUCCCAGGCGGUCAGAUUUGAUCAGAUACACGCUGAUGCCUACAUAGUUCGACGGUUGGCGGAGCAGAACUGCAGGAAGUUGUUGAUGGGCGGGGCAGAAUGGUCUCCUACAGGCCAAUCCAUUCGGGAUCGGAUCACCUUGUGGCGCCUUCUCCUCAAGGGCCGAAGUCAGUGCCGGGUGAGCUCCAGGAAGGUUUGCCGCCUGCUGCUCAAGACAAACAAGCCCCUGGCCUGGAAGUUGACUACAGCCAAACUUGAGUCUCACCUCACCCAAGACCUUGGUUGGUAUAGAGAAGCCAAAAGAGGCCUCACUUCUAAAUGGUGGAAGGCUCAUGUCACUACUCCCACCCAGAGCAUUGCUAAAGUCCGUCACAAGACGGCAAGCCAACGAGAACAAUAUCACCGCUUGCGGUCCAUAAAGCAACGCGAGGAGACUCAUCGGAGACGCAAAGCUUGUUCCUCCGGUUUGUCUGGCGGUCUAAGGGCUAUUCAAGUCGAAAUGGAGGACAGCUCUGGCAAUUGUCGGUUACAGACCAUUACUGACCCGACGUCGGUCGAAGAUGGAUGCAUGCAAGAAAAUAGGGCCAGGUACCAACAAACCCAGACCCCACAUCCAACUCCUCCCAUGUCUGAGCCUCUCUACACUAUGUUCACGGGCCCCGACGCCAACAACAACCAACAACUUCUUCUGGAGGGCAAACUCCCCAUCCCUGGUGGCCUGGCUUACCCUACCCAAGCCUUCCUUCGCCACUGUCGACUGCACGACAGUUAUCGGCCUCGUCCUUUCCCCUUGACGGUUGAAGAGCACGUGGACUUUUGGAGUCGCACCCCUGAGAACAAGGGUUCUGAGCCCCACGGCCUCCAUAAUGGCCACUUCAAGGCAGGCGCCCUUUCGGAACUGUUGGCUUCUUGUGAUACGGCCUUUCGGGAUCUUCCGCUCCGUUCAGGCCAUGUUCCGGAACUCUGGAAGAACCUGAUGAACUUUGCGAUUGAGAAGAAGCCUGGCGACUUCCGACCACAAGGGAUGCGGACCAUCCAGCUGUUCAACUCGGAGGCUCAGGCCAACUACAAGAAGGCGGGUUGGGCUGCAAUGAAGAAUGUGAGGAGGAUGGCAUCAUCCCAAAAGGACAGUGUGGGUCACAAAAGCAGCACCAGUCCAUUGAUCUUGCCCUUUCCAAACGAUUGCUCUGGGACUCGCUCAUCCUGGAACGACGGUCUUCCGGCUGGAUCUCGAACGACGCGAAGUCUUGCUUUGAUCGCAUCGUUCACUGGGGUCCGAACUGGCUUUGGCAACUCGGAUCGGACCUUUGGGCCCACUGGCAAUGUUCCCUUCCAAGGCUGCGGUCAAGGCAACAGCGCCGGCCCGUGUAUCUGGGUUGCAAUCAGUGCCAUCCUCAUUGACGCCAUGGAGGCCGAGGGAUUUGGGUACAAGAGCCAAACUGCCCUCACUAACAAGGAGUUCUUUGCUUUGUGCUUCUGCUUUGUUGAUGACACCAAUGUCAUGGAGUCCAACGACAACGUGGAGACGACUGGCGAAGACCUCCUCCCUUUGGUACAAUCGGCUUUGGACCUUUGGUCGGGUGGCAUCAGUGCAACUGGUGAAGCUAUCAACCCGGCGAAGUCCUUCUGGUGGCUGAUUGAUUUCAAAUGGCGGCCGUCCUCUGGCACGUGGGUGUUUCGAAGGAAGGCUGAAAUGCCUGGCGAACUGACCCUUCAAGACCCGACUGGG